CGGUUGUAAGAAGUGUACUACGAGUAGUGGCACUCAUUCCUUUUCCCGAAGUUCUUACCACGGCGGGUCCGCCAUUCGAAUUACUCGGUGAUUCACCGAUUAAAUGGUUAUCCGUUAUCGAACCAUGUACGAGGAUUUAAACCGUCCAUCUUAUACGUUGAAUGUAUGAUAACGAUAAUGUUUGCGAAUGAAUUUCUACUUGAUAAUUUGAUGGAUGAUAUGAUAAUUUUAUCGUAUGCAUGAGAUGUACAAAUUAGCGUUUGGCAUAGACUUGGUAAUUACACCAAGGUCGAUUGAGAUGGAUGAUUAUCAUAUUGAGAUUAUGAUGAUAAUGAUGCUUUUAUAUGAUGUUCAUAUUAAUCACAUAUACUUAGAAAGGGGCUGCAUUUACCCCCAACCAUUUGAUAUCAUUACUGACGAUCAUUAGGAUCGAUGAGGCCAGUGGCCAGAGAGAUAUGAUUGUGGUUUCUUAUAUAACCACUGAGAUGAUGAGGCUCGAGCGGGGUUGGAUGUAUGAUGACCUUGGCGCCCAAAUUAAUAAAAUGGAAAUGCAUUGCACUUGCAUAUUGUUUGGAUAUUGGAUGCUAGGUUGAGACUUCAACCUAGAUGCCAUGAUUAGGUGGUUAAUCAAUUGAUGUGGAAAACGUAUCCAUAGACUUCGCCGUGUAGGAGGGAACAGCGCCACACCUCAGCUAAAUUAGUUAGCUGACCCCCUCCCUUUUUGUGUUCAGAUCCGCAGCAGAGGAACUGAGCUUGGACGUCGGAGCUGUGCAACUUCUACUCCAUCAUGAGGUAGCAGACGAUUGGUCGGAGGAGAGUUUUUAACUAUGUUUUGUGUUUUAAAACAAGUAUCAUAAACAUGUAUUAUGUUGGAUUUGAUUGCAUCGAACUUGAUCGAUUGAGUUAUUAUGAUUUAUGGAUUUUACCAAAGUAUGUAAGAUGGAGAUUUGAGUUUCAACGAACAAGUGUUUGGAUUUGAUGUCAUGAAUUGGAUGUUGUAUGUUUAAUAAAUGAGAUUGGAUAUUAAUAAAUGUUUUAGAUUUGAAAUAUAUAUAUAUAUAUAUAUGUUCACCUCGAGUUAUGUUUAGUAAACGAAAGUUGCAUAUGUGUUGAAUGAUGAGUUAAUACGUAAACCCCGUUAGGAUUUUCUGCUGUGCGGGCGAACCAAUGGUUCGACCCAUGAAUUUUAGGGUGGGGUGUUACAGUUCUGUUCGCACCUUGAACAAUGUUAGACAUAUUCCAGAGAUGACUAAGAAUUUGAUAUCUUUGAGUCUAUUAGACAACAAGGGUUUCAGUUUCAAAGGUGAAGGUGAAGUGUUGUCUGUCUACAAAGGUAUUUUGAAAGGUGUCAAGCGGGGUGUCUUAUAUAAUCUACAAGGUUCUGUUUUGACAUGUUCUUUUGGUGAUAAUUGCACCAAGCUGGUUUUGAAUGGCAAGUCUCAACAUGGGUUAGACUUGCCGAAUGGUUUGGUUUGUUGACCGCCCUUAGGGGCAUUUGGAGGCAUGGGAGAUUCUGAUACAACUGAUUUGGAGGAGUUUGAUACAUUUGGAAACUUUGGUUGCGUCUGGUACAUCUGGUAUUUGAGAGAGAAUUCAAGUCAAGGUGGAGAUUGUUAGAAUAUGACUUGAAUUUGAUUUGGGUUUGUUUUGUGUUUUGGGCCAGUUUUGUUUGGGUUUGUGUUUGAGUUUUGUUUUGGCCUUUUCCUUGUAUGUUUGGAAAAGGUGUUUGGUUUUCUGUUUGGGAUUAGGAGAAGAGUUCUAUAAAUACUCUUCAUCACCCUAGUCUGUAGUAAGGCUAAUCGGGUUAGUUUGUUUGGUUUGUCCGUCCGGAAUUUGGUUUGUAACCUGUACUCUCCUCAAAUUAGUGAAAUUUGUUCUCCCCUGCCCGUGGAUUAGCUAGCACACAUUGUGUUAGUGAACCACGUUAAAUUCGUGUUCGUUUGUGUUCAUCUGAAUUAUCGAUUGCACGCUUCUGUUCUGACACAUUUGUUAUGGAAUGUUUAGCAUUAAGAGAUGCUCUACAAUGGUGCUUGACCCAUGAUUUUGUUUCUGUCAAAUUUCAUGGGGACUCUUAACAAUUAAUACGACGGAUGGUGGAAGGAGACUUCGCACAUGAUCGAGGUGGGGCUGUGCUCGAAGACGCUCGUCACUUAUCGUCACAAUUCAGCUGGAUUAACUUCUGCUUUGUUUUUCGUCGACUUAAUAGGGCCGCCCAUCAUUUGGCAAAAAAACCCUCUCAUCAGGAGUUCGACUAUUGGUCGACUCCCGCGCUCUCUUCUUAUUUCUUUUGUAUGAGUGAACUUAUUACCCCUGACUUUGAAAAAAAAAUUAUUUUAUUGAAAUGUGCAAAAUUAAACUUUAAUAAUUGUUUUGUACUAAGUGAUAAGUUGUGUUACGAUGAUAAUUAAGCACGAAAGGUUCCACCUCUAAAUCUAUAUAUUUACAUUUUGCACCUUAUCGGUUUCAGUUGAGAAAUGGAGAUGGAUAUGCUUCAGUUCAGUAAUUAGUAAUUGUUUUUCAAAAAGUCGUUAUUUAUCUCUAAGCAGUAACAUCAACCAGCCAUUGAUUAAUUUAUCGCAAAACUCCCAAAAACUUGCGCUACCCAUUUUUUAACUUAUCUCGAUAUUCUCUCUCUCUCUCUCUCUCUUCUCAUUUAUCUAAUUCAAGUUGACUUGAGUCGAUCUUAUCCUCCACCCCUCAUCCAUCACAGAUCCCGUCGCCGGGAAAAAUGGAACAGCUGAAGCCCAGAGCAGCGAACUCUUCCCCGCUCACUCCCCUCAACUUCCUUGACCGCACCGCCACCGUCUACGGAGACUGCGCCUCCAUCAUCUACAACGACGCCACCUACACCUGGUCCCAGACCCACCGCCGAUGCCUCCAGCUCGCCUCUUCACUCACCUCCUCCUCCUCCCUCGCCAUCCUCCCGGGCCAAGUCGUCUCCGUCCUCGCUCCAAACGUCCCGGCCAUGUACGAGCUCCAGUUCGCGGUUCCCAUGUCCGGCGCCAUACUCAACAACCUCAACACCCGCCUCGAUCCACGCACCAUCUCCGUCCUUCUCCUUCACUCCGAAUCCAAGCUCGUGUUCGUUGACUGCCUCUCCCGCCGCCUCAUCCUUGAAGCUCUCUCUCUCUUUCCCGACGGAUCGGCUCGUCCCAGGCUCGUCCUCAUCGCCGACCAGGAUGAGCCGGAUGAGGAGGCUUCGCUGCUCACCCUUGACUUUUUCUCUACCUACGAAGAUCUGGUCGGCAAGGGCGAUCCGGGUUUUCAGUGGAUCCGGCCCAGGAGCGAGUGGGAUCCGGCGGUGCUGAAUUAUACCUCGGGGACCACGUCCGCACCCAAAGGCGUGGUCCACUCCCACAGAGGAUUAUUCGUCGUGACCCUGGCCUCCUUGAUCGACUGGGCCGUUCCUAAGCAGCCUGUCUACCUGUGGGCCCUCCCCAUAUUCCACGCCAACGGUUGGAGUUUCCCCUGGGGAAUCGCCGCGGUGGGUGGGACGAACGUGUGCUUCCGGAAAGUCGACGCGCCGACCAUCUACGGGCUUAUCACGCGCCACCGUGUGACCCACAUGUGCGGCGCUCCCGUGGUGCUCAACAUGCUCACCAACGGGGAAGGCCUUCAGCCACUUCCCAACCCGGUCCAGAUCCUUACGGCAGGGGCUCCGCCUCCCGCCGCCGUGCUGCUGAGGACCGAGUCCCUCGGGUUCGUGGUGGGGCAUGGGUACGGGCUGACGGAGACAGCGGGGCUGGUGGUGUCGUGCGCGUGGAAGAGGAAUUGGGAUCGAUACCCGGCGACGGAGAGGGCGAGGCUGAAAUCGAGGCAAGGGGUGCGGACCGCCGGGUUCACAGAGGUGGACGUGGUGGAUCCGGACUCGGGCAGGCGCGUGAAGCAGGACGGGUCGGAGGUGGGUGAGGUGGUCCUUCGGGGUGGGUGCGUGAUGCUGGGCUAUUUGAAAGACCCGAUCGGGACGGCCAAGUGCAUGACGGAAGAAGGGUGGUUCUUCACCGGCGACGUCGGGGUGAUGCAUCCGGACGGGUACCUGGAGAUAAGGGAUCGGUCCAAGGACGUGAUAAUUAGCGGAGGGGAGAAUAUUAGCAGCGUGGAGGUGGAGUCGGUGUUGUACGGGCACCCGGCGGUGAACGAGGCGGCGGUGGUGGCGCGGCCGGACGAGUACUGGGGCGAGACGCCGUGCGCGUUUGUGAGUUUAAAGCAGGCGGGGACGACGGAGAAGGAGUUGAUUGAGUUCUGCAGGGCGAAGAUGCCGCGCUACAUGGUGCCCAAGACGGUGGUGUUCAAGGAUGAGUUGCCCAAGACUUCCACCGGGAAGAUUCAGAAGUACUUGCUCAGAGAGUCUGCCAAGCAGAUGGGAUCUUCCAAGCUCAGUCGUCUGUAGAUCACUUCACCAAUUAAGUAACUAUGCCUGGUUGAAAUAAAGUUGACGACCGGCCGAGAGUCGUUUGGUUGUCCUGUCUUUUGUAUGUUAAUGAAUAUAUUAAAUCGUCUUGUGGCAUGGGCCAUUCGUUGAUUAUACAUGUAUGGCCACAAAAUGAAGGGCUUGGGGUAUUGAAAAUUUGAAGGGGACGCAUCAAAGGGUUACACUUUGCUAUGCUGCGUGGGUAAGACAACUUGUUUGGGUUGGGUAAGCUUUUCAAUAUACGAUUUUCAGAACUGUAACCAUUCCGAAAUCAAAAGUAAUCAGGUGU